AUGACUCGCGGAAACCAGAGAGACAGAGAUCGUGAGAAGAAUCUCAAGGCCAAGUCCAAGCAGAAAGCUGGAAACUCGAUGAGUGGCUCCGAGUUCCAACGCAACAAGGAAAGCGUCGCCGAUAUCAUGCGCGCAAAACAGGCAGCUGCCGAUGCGAAGAAAGCAGCGGAAGCAGCAGCAGGGAAAAAGAAAUAG